AUGCGAUCCAUAUCAGCUCUUCUGUUGUGUCUCGCUACAUUGCUUCCUCCUCAGGCCCUCGCUGAAUCGGGUUCACCAAUAGCUAUCCGGAAGGUCGCCCCUGGUUCGCACGACAAGCUCCUUAGGGAGCAUCUCGCUUUCGCACCACUGCACAGUCUGACUCCGCGCGAAGCUGCCGCUGCCGCCAUAUCGUUCCUUGAAGAGCAAGAUGACAAACUCGUGAGCCUCAAUGGCACAGAGCGCUUCUACCGUCCAGCGUUCGCUCCUCACAGCGAAGAGUCCCACGAGAGCCUGCUGCGCCGAGCCGCAGAGGUACUGGCGUUGCUACAGAGGAGGUCGUCUUGUCCUAAGGGGAUGAACAGCUGCUCUGACAUUGAUUCCGAAGUCAAGUGCUGCCAGGAGGGAACGUAUUGUGUGAAUGUUGGCAAUACUGUGGCGGGAGGCAUCGCGUGCUGCCCGGACGGUGCGUCUUGUGGUGGAGGUGUUGGAGCGUGCCCUGAUGGAGCUACGAGUUGCUCUGCAGAACUUGGCGGAGGAUGCUGUAUCCCGGGAUAUGUUUGUCAAGGAUUAGGCUGCGUCCCCAGUGCUGUUGCUACACAGACGAGAACCACAACUCAAGAUCAAACGACAGUCCUCACAACUUCUCAAGAAACAACUUCAGGUGUAUCCACAGUCGAGCCUACUACCAAGACGGAAACAGAGGUUGAGACCACUGGAGAGCCUACGACUUCCGAAGUUGGAACCACAACUGAGACCGAAACUGAAGUCGAGUCCGGGACAGAAGAGAGUACUGUGACCGCGACACCUACAGCGACUGGCUCGGCCACUGGAAUCGCUCCGUAUCGCCCAACUGGCACCUCGGUAACAUCAAGCGACGAUGGAGAGACACAAACGGGCUGUCCCACAGGCUUCUACGGCUGUCUCGCCACUCACGGAGGCGGGUGUUGUCGAACAGGUCGAAACUGUGAUGUUCAUGAUUGCCCUGCUCCCUCGACAACCAUCGUCUCAAACGGCGCGACUGUGGUCAUCCUUGCAACCGAUGCUCCACCUGCCCCGGGACCCUCAUCAACUUGCGCAGAUGGCUGGUUCCUUUGUGGUCGAGAUGCUGGCCCAGUCGCUGGAUGCUGUCCAGACGGAUAUGAUUGCGGCACAGCGAGUUGCUUCACAGCACAGGCCAGUGAAACCGGCCGUGUACAGAAGGAAUUUCCCAAGGCCGAUGGAGCCGCCUAUGAGAAGCCCGCUAUCACACUGGCGGUGAUUAUGGCAGUGUUGUGUGUUGCGCUUGUAUGA